AUGCCAUUAACGCCCCCUUGUGAUCCAUUCAAUGGUAUCAAGGCUGUCACAAUCUGGAUCCAAGGAAAAGAGGACCUUGAACGCCCUCCUGAGGAUGUGGAGGAACUGAGAAAGAGACUGCCGCGCCGCAAGAGGCCCGCCACUGACCCUCCACCUGAGGGAGAAUGCAUUCCCGUCGCUCUGAAAGGCGUGGCUUUGGAUCACCUGGAGGGGCGCCCGCUUGGCGCCGCCUUGAUUGGACCCUAUACUACCGAUGUAAUCGGUAGAAACUCACGAGAUUCCCGGGUGCUAGCAGGGGAAAUGCGAGUCCUUGAAGUCUUCCACCUGGAAGAGCGCCAGACUGAGACACGAGAUCUAACUCGCAGGAUCUUGGUCGCAUCUGUCUUUCACUCUUCUGCUAUCGCAUUAGACGUCCCGAGCGAUAUCAAGACUUCAAAGUUUCCAUAUCUUCUGAAUUAG